AUGGCAUGGCUAUGGCCCAGGGGGUGGUUCUUGGGGGUAUGGUUGCCCCAUUGGCUGCUCCUGGGGUUUCAUAGGGAAGAGUCGAGUCAGACAGGAAGGCCUGGGGCCGAUAGCACUGGCAGGAAGGAAUGCACUCGGGUGAGCCCAGGGACACGUCAUGCCCCGCCCUCUCCCCGUCACGGGGGCGUGGUGAGGCCUCUCCUGCCAUCCUCUUCCCCUGCCCAGCCUGGCAUCAGCACAGUCCACACACAGCUCGCCUUGUACCUGACAAGCCUCAGGACCACAGGGAAGGCCAUGGAGACUUCAGGAUCCUCCUCCCAGACUCAAGGCCACAGUCGAGUUCAUGGAAAUACAGAAGAAACAGACCAUGGAGAGACAGAUCUCCAGAAGCAAGAGGGGGAGGCCAGACUCUUUUCUCCAAAACAGUAUAGGAAAGACAAGUCUUCUUCCUCCUCCUCCUCCUCUUCCUCCUCCUCCUCCUCCUCCUCCUCAUCGUCUUCCUCUGCCUCAGAGAGCAGUGAUGAGGACCAGCACCACAGGGAAACCGGAAAACACUGGCAGAGUCAGGGGGGUAGACACCCCCAUAGGGGCAGCUCACUGGGUGCUGAGCAUGGGGAACCUGACCUUUUACAGGAUGCGCUUCAACUCUAUGGAGGUGCCCCUGGGGAGCUGGUACCCUCUGGAGAAUCAGGACUCCGAAGGAGAGGCUCAGACCCAGCAAGUGGAGAAAUGGAGGCCUCUCAGUUAAGAAGACUGAACAUAAAGAAAGAUGAUGAGUUUUUCCACUUCGUCCUCCUCUGCUUUGCAAUCGGGGCCUUGCUGGUGUGUUAUCACUAUUACGCAGACUGGUUCAUGUCCCUCGGAGUUGGCCUUCUCACCUUUGCCUCCCUGGAGACUGUUGGCAUCUACUUCGGUCUGGUGUACCGGAUCCACAGCGUCCUGCACGGCUUCAUACCCCUCUUUCAGAAGCUCAGGCUGAUGGGGUUCAGGAGAACCGACUGAGACCAGUGCCGGGAGGGCCGCCAAGCCAGGCCCCACUGUGACCACCAUGGCAUCCCCUGGGCACAGAGUGACGUUCUGGGAGGCACGUGGACAGGCCAAGCUAGAGCAAUAAAGAGAGCACUUUUCAUUCCAUGUGGUCUGAACAUUGGCAGCAGCCCUGGCAGAGGUAUCCUUGGGGCAGCCUUGACAUGCAUUCCAGCUACCAGGGUAGAGGGAGACCUAGGGUGCGGGAACUGAGCCCUUCGUGGUACCUGCAUCAGCGGGAAGACUCUGGGACAUCAUUGUUCUCAGGAGGCAGUAGGAGACCCCUGGGCCCUGCAAGCUGUAAUCUCUCUGGCCUCCCGGUUUCUCUCAAGUCCCCAGGCUAUCCUAUGUUCUCUCAGUUCCUCCAGAGCCAUCCUAGGACAGGUACCACUGCCCUGAGACAGGGAACCACCACGUGAGGUCCCCUGGGUGAACCUGAUGUGGGUGAGAUGCGGGGACUCAGGCCACAGCAUCUAGGCUGUGUCGCCUGGUGCCAGCCCUGCAGCCCUGGACUCUUUUCAAGAUUCAAAUAAACAUUUUCUUCCUUGGACUGAAAAAGAGUCAGUGAACUAUUUCUUUACAUUUCUUGAGUGUAAGAAUACAUUUGGUGUCUUCUUUGAUUCCAUUUAUCAGGGAGGGCACCUUGUCCUAUGGAGUAAAGUAUAAAAGGGAAUAAAUAUAAAAUAAAGCCUCUCAUUUUAGGUGCAAGACUUCAAUUGCACAGAUUUGGAAUGAGAGACAGGGCUUUGCAAACAUUUUUAUGAAAAAGAUCUGGUUGCUUUUUGGUACUCUCAGCUCAGUAAAUACCAUAGAAGUGAGAUAAGAGCCCAAAACAAAGCCCAUUAUAAAUUUUGGUUGAAUUAAUGAGGGAGAAAGUCUAGAUUGAAGGAGGUGUAGUAGGUCCUACUUUACACGGCCAGGCCAUACCAAAAGCAUGUGUUUAGUUCUAGACUCCUAGAUUAAGAAAAACAGUGACAAACUGGGAACACACAGAAGAGACCAGAGUGGAAAUAUAAAGAAUGAUGAAGGAACAAGUACUCUUCAACUUGCAGAACACAACAAUGGGAGCUUCCGUGUAGCUCAUAGACUCUGGAGGGCAUGUUUUCAAGUGGUUGUGAUGGUGCAAAAUGUACAGUCACGUACAUUUUCUCACAGCAGCCUUGAGGCAUCUGAAUCAUCCCCAUUUUGCAGAUGGAAAAAACAGAGACUCAAAGAGAUUUCAUAACUUGCUCAAGUUCACACAGGAAGUAAGUGUCAGAGCUGAGAGUUUUCCCCGGUGAUUCCCAGAGCUUGGGAUUCUCCAAGUUACAGAAUAUUUUUUAAAGUGACAGAGGGAGGGCUGCCAGCUCUUUACCUUGCCCAUUAAGGGCAAUAAAAACAACAA